ACCAAUAUUGUUGUUUAUGUAGAUAAAAUUAUCAUUGUUGUGUUUAGUUUGUAGUGAAAUCAAUACGUCCAAAAUUACUAAUUACCACUUUUGGACUUACAAUUGGCAACAAUGAUGGGUUCUGCAGAAGAGGAAAGAUAUGGAAAAAUUAUCAAUCCCUCUAUGGAACAUGGACCUGCACUUCAGCCUGACGCCUUUCCAAAUGUAGGGAAGAUUAUGGAGGUUGAUUCCUCAGAACAAGAGUCAUCUGUGAGAUUUGAUGCUGCAAACAUUGGAGGGAAUGUUGUUAGUGCAAACAAAAAUUGCACUACAACUUGUUCACAGAAGAAAAUUACAAUUACAGAACUCCUACCACUCAUUGGUUUGACACGUGAAGCUGCUGCAGAGAAAAUUGGUGUUAGCAUACCUACAUUCAAGCGCAAAUGUAGGCUGUAUAGUAUCGUCCGGUGGCCACAUUACAGGAAUAAAAAGGAAUGUCGUUCCCUUCAGCAGAAGCUUGCGGCUGACCCUGACCAAGGUGCAGCAGGAGCAUUUGGUCAUUUUGUGACAGGUUCACACACUGGUGCUAUUGCAUCGAAUCAUCACAACUCACCAUGCUCUAAACCCGCUAAACGCCAGAGAGAAAAAAAGACAUCGCCCUCUUGUAAGACACCAUCAACUGUGGCUACAUGUUCAGAUCCAGCACCAGCUCCAAUGCAAGCCAUGUCUACUUUUCCUCAAAUAAUGCCACAUCUCAGGGCAGGGCAAGAUGCAAGGAUUGAGAUCUCAAAAACAACAGAAGAUAUACUCAUUCAAUCAGUUGAAGGGGUGACAACUAGGUCUUGCUUAAGUCCCCAGAAACGAGCUGGUUCAGAUGUUCCAUCUAUUCCGUCCCCAAAACACUUUCACUGCGUAAGUUCCCUGUCUAUUUCAGAUUAGUUUAGCCCUUUCUUCUCCUAUUUCUGUGGGGUCAUACUUUUAUACCUCGCAAUCUAAAAGACUCGAUAGGUUUGAGAAAGGUUUGACAAAUAGUUUCGAAAUCAGAUAAACUAUAUAAAAUGGAUAGUUUUGAAAUAUUAAUUAACUGUGAAAACAAUGAGUAAUAUAAUAUGUUACUCAAAGCCAUUAUAUAUUUGAUUCCAA